AUGGUUGAGAGCAGUGAGUUGGAGAGGACAGCCCCGGUGGGCGGAGCGAGGCUCGUGGAGGAGACUGCCAUCAACACUGUCUCCACGACAUCUGGAGCAGCGGGACAGGAGAAGGACGAGCUUCCUUUAUCCCUUAGGCUGUCUGCCCCCCUCCACUCGACCACCGCUGCCAGCUCCAGAAGCACUCUGAACCCCGGUGACAGCCUCCACCUGGACCCUCUCCGGACCCUCUCUGGACCCUAUCCGGACCCUCUCCGGACCCUCUCUGGACCGACAGGCUGGUUCAACGAUGCGCGCGAAACCAACGACAAAACCUUUGCGUUUUUGAUAAGAAGACGACAAGUCGGAGAUAUCUCGGCCACUUACAGAGCAUUUUCCUGUAAGGUGGGAGGUCUCCGGGCGCUCAUCAUGCUGUCUCUGGAUGAGCCCCUGGACUUGAAGCUGCCUCGACGGGCUGGCGGGAGGGACCGCGGUGCCAGAUCGCCCUCUCUAUCCCCGGUGCACCCCAAACGCGCCCGCCAGCUGCACAUGACCGAUGACGGCACGGCCAUCAUUGAGCCUGCCUCUCCACCUUCUCCUCAUAAUGGUGUGCAGGUGGUUCCUCAACAUCGGACAGAGACCCCCACUCCCCCCGCAGUGGACCUCAGCAUGUCCCCCUCCUCACGCCACACCCCCAGCUCGCCAGAAACAUCCAACGGCUACGUCCCCUCAGGAAAUUCUCUUUCACAAGCCUUUCAGUUCUUUUUGCCAAUCGGAGCUGGGACCGGACUGCACCUGCCGUCCUCCAUGUUUAUGGGUCAGAGCAGCGACAAGAGAGCGUCCCCGGAUCUGUCUGCAGACGAACAGCUGGCCUGCCACUGGAAGAAGUGCCAUCAUCUCUUUGACUCCUUACAAGACCUGGUGGACCAUGUGAAUGACUUCCAUGUCAAACCGGAAAAGGAUUCUGGGUAUUGUUGCCAUUGGGAGGGCUGCGCACGCAAAGGCAGAGGGUUCAAUGCAAGGUACAAGAUGCUCAUCCACAUCCGCACACACACUAACGAGAAGCCUCACCGCUGUCCGACCUGCAACAAGAGCUUUUCUCGCCUAGAGAACCUCAAGAUCCACAACCGCUCCCACACAGGUGAGAAGCCAUACAUUUGUCCGUACGAAGGCUGUAACAAGCGUUACUCAAACUCCAGUGAUCGCUUCAAGCACACUCGCACUCACUACGUGGACAAGCCCUACUACUGCAAGAUGGUGGGCUGCCUGAAGCGCUACACUGACCCCAGCUCCCUCCGCAAGCACAUCAAAGCUCACGGUCACUUUGUGGCCCAGGAGCACGGCUCUCCAGGUGGGGUGGGCUCACUGCUGAAGGGUCCCCCUGCAACGUUUUCUAAUGGUGGAGGAAAGGACUCAGAGAUGUCUUAUGUGAGUGGGGCCCACAUCAUUAUCCCGGGAGCUGCAGCCGCUCUGUUGGGGAGCCACGCUCUGCACAGUCUGGGGGGCUCUUUGCCCCUCUCACCCCUCAGCCCCCGCCCCCUGGACCUCAGCUCAUUAGGAUGCCCAGGAUCUUCUCCUGGUUCCAUCCUGUCAUUUAACGGCUCUGCGCUCAGUUUGGCGAAGUCUUCUCUGCUCUCCUCAGCCUUCCCCUCUGCGGCGCUCGGUCUGCCUAUGAUGCCAGUGCUGGGGGCCGCAGUGGAGCGCAGACUUCACUCCAUCAAGAAAAGCCGCAUGGAGGAUGUGGAACCUGAGGGGACUGGGGGGGUCCUGAACCUCUCCACCGGAGCUUCUCAUGAUCCUAUGUCCUGGGUGGUCAUGCCCCCAGGCACCGUGGUGCUGAAGCCAGCUGUGGUUAACUGA